AUGGAGAAGUAUGAGAUGGUGAAGGAUUUGGGAUUUGGUAAUUUCGGAUUGGCUCGGCUUAUGCGUAAUAGACAAACAAACGAGCUUGUGGCUGUCAAAUUCAUCGAUCGAGGCUACAAGAUAGAUGAGAACGUUGCUAGAGAAAUCAUCAAUCAUAGAUCUCUUAACCAUCCCAAUAUCAUUCGGUUUAAAGAGGUUGUUCUAACUCCAACACAUCUUGGAAUUGUAAUGGAGUACGCAGCUGGAGGAGAACUGUUUGAACGAAUAUCAAACGCCGGUCGAUUCAGUGAAGCUGAGGCAAGAUAUUUCUUCCAACAACUUAUUUGCGGAGUCCAAUACUUACAUGCAAUGAAAAUAUGCCAUAGAGAUUUGAAACUAGAAAACAUAUUGCUUGAUGGAAGCCCAGCACCACGUCUCAAAAUUUGUGAUUUUGGCUACUCAAAGUCAGUUGAUGUGUGGUCUUGUGGAGUGGCACUCUAUGUUAUGUUGGUCGGAGCUUACCCAUUCGAAGACCCUAAAGACCCUCGCAAUUUCCGAAAAACUGUCCAGAAAAUAAUGGCUGUAAAGUACAAGAUUCCAGGAUAUGUUCACAUAUCUGAGGAUUGCAAAAAAUUAUUAUCUCGUAUAUUUGUUGCUAAUCCCUUACAGCGAAGUACGCUUAAAGAGAUUAGGAGUCAUGCAUGGUUCCUGAAGAAUUUACCAAGAGAACUAAAGGAGCCAGCACAAGCAAUGUAUUACCAAAGGAAUGUUAAUCUUAUUAACUUUUCUCCUCAGAGAGUAGAGGAUAUUAUGAAGAUUGUUGACUCUGCCGAGGUAUUGGCAAACUCUGCCGAAACAUUGGUAGACUCUGCCAAUUUUUUGGCAGAGUCUGCGUAUUUCUAG